UGUUUUGUUAAUAAAUAUAGAAAAUUAGAAUUUCCGAACUUCCGUUUUCUUAAUUGUGGAGAGAAUUUCAAUUGGUAGUGAAGUCGAAUCUAUUGUGUUGAAGAAAAGAGCAAGCAUAGCUAUGUCUCUCCUUAAAUCUCCGCUGCUGUCGCUGCCAUCUAUUCAGUGCUGGAAAUCGAAGCAAGAAGCUAGGUUAUUGUCACAUGGGCCAAGCAUAGGAGGAAUCAGCAGAACCAUCCGUAGAACAGGGAAAAGGAAUGGAAAUGGGGUUAAAGCCUUUUUCUUUAAUCCUGAACAAGACCCCAUCGUCAAAGAUGCUCUCAAGGAACCAGUGGCAUUUUUGGGUGGAAUGUUUGCGGGUGUUUUAAGGCUAGAUUUGAAUGAGGACCCUCUCAAGGAAUGGGUUACUAGGACUGUGGAAGCUGCAGGUAUUAGCGAAGAAGAAGUGAAUACAGAGGAGUCAACAACUGAGGCAGCUCCACUAGAGAUUCAGAUUGAAUAACAAAUACAAUUGUUUCUUUAUUAUACAAACUUUAUAAAACUUGCGUGGGAUUAUUAUGCCCACAUACCAAUGGAAAUUGGUUCAAUUGGUCAUGAAUUAUAAUCUUUGGAUUUACAUAUAUGAAAUGGAGAACAUCUCCUGUCUCUUGAUUU